AUGGCGUACAUCCAGUUGGAACCUUUAAACGAGGGUUUCCUUUCUAGAAUCUCCGACCUGCUGCUCUGCAGAUGGACUUGCCGCCACUGCUGUCAGAAGUGCUAUGAGUCCAGCUGCUGCCAGUCGAGUGAGGAUGAAGUUGAGAUUCUGGGACCUUUCCCUGCCCAGACUCCCCCCUGGCUGUUGGCCAGCCGGAGCAGUGACAAGGACGGGGACUCUGUGCACACAGCCAGUGACGUCCCGCUGACCCCACGGACCAACUCCCCAGAUCGGAGAUGCUCAUCCUCAGACACAUCUAAGUCUACAUACAGCCUGACCCGGAGGAUUUCAAGUCUCGAGUCCAGACGGCCCAGCUCUCCACUGAUUGAUAUUAAGCCUAUCGAGUUCGGCGUUCUCAGCGCCAAGAAAGAGCCCAUCCAGCCCUCGGUGCUCAGACGGACCUAUACGCCGGAUGAUUACUUCCGGAAGUUCGAGCCCCGCCUGUACUCCCUCGAUUCCAACAGUGACGACGUGGACUUCCUGACGGACGCGGAGAUCCUGUCCAAGUACCAGCUGGGCAUGCUGCACUUCAGCACGCAGUACGACCUGCUGCACAACCACCUGACGGUGCGCGUGAUCGAGGCCAGGGACCUGCCGCCCCCCAUCUCCCACGACGGUGCGCGCCAGGACAUGGCGCACUCCAACCCCUACGUCAAGAUCUGCCUGCUGCCGGACCAGAAGAACUCCAAGCAGACCGGAGUCAAACGCAAGACCCAGAAGCCCGUGUUUGAGGAGCGCUACACCUUCGAGAUCCCCUUCCUGGAGGCUCAGAGGAGGACCCUGCUCCUGACCGUGCUGGACUUCGAUAAGUUCUCACGCCACUGCGUCAUCGGCAAGGUGGCUGUGCCUUUGUGCGAGGUCGACCUGGUGAAGGGUGGUCACUGGUGGAAGGCGCUGAUUCCCAGUUCUCAGAAUGAGGUAGAACUCGGGGAGCUGCUUCUGUCACUGAAUUAUCUCCCGAGUGCUGGGAGGCUGAAUGUUGACGUCAUUCGAGCCAAGCAACUUCUUCAGACAGAUGUGAGCCAAGGUUCAGACCCAUUUGUGAAAAUUCAGCUGGUACAUGGACUCAAGCUUGUGAAAACAAAGAAGACAUCCUUCUUAAGAGGCACAAUUGAUCCCUUUUACAAUGAAUCCUUCAGCUUCAAAGUUCCCCAAGAAGAACUGGAAAAUGCCAGCCUAGUGUUUACAGUGUUCGGCCACAACAUGAAGAGCAGCAACGACUUCAUCGGGAGGAUCGUCAUCGGCCAGUACUCCUCCGGCCCCUCGGAAUCGAACCACUGGCGGCGGAUGCUCAGCGCCCACCGCACGGCCGUGGAGCAGUGGCACAGCCUGCGGUCCCGGGCCGAGUGCGACCGCGUGUCCCCUGCCUCGCUGGAGGUGACCUGA